AGGAGACCCUGCCAUGUCCAAGGUGGGUGUCUGAGUUGAUUAGAGAAGAUGCAGCUGUUAGCAGCCGUGGUGCUCUUUGGAGCUGCAGUGGCCAGUGUAUGUGGAGAUGACAAAAUCAUUGGAGGACGCGAGUGCAGGAGGAACUCUCAACCCUGGCAAGCUUCCCUCAAUUACGGCUACCAUUACUGUGGAGGGUCCCUCAUCAAUGAUCAGUGGGUGGUCUCUGCUGCCCACUGUUGGUACAACCCCUAUAGCAUGCAGGUGAUUCUUGGAGACCAUGACCUGCGUGUAUUUGAAUGGACAGAGCAACUGAUGAAGACAGACACUAUCAUCUGGCACCCAUACUAUGACUACCAGACUCUUGACCAUGAUAUCAUGCUGAUCAAACUAUUCCACCCUGUUCAGGUCAAUGAGUUUGUGCGGCCAGUCAGUCUGCCCACUGGCUGUCCUACAGCUGGGAUGUCUUGUGUUGUGUCUGGCUGGGGUAAUACCCUCACAGAUGGAGUGAACAUGCCAGACCGAUUGCAAUGUUUGGACCUACCCAUUCUGAGUGAUGUGGAAUGUAAUAAUGCUUACCCAGGCAUGAUCACAAGCACCAUGGUCUGUGCUGGUUAUCUUGAAGGUGGCAAGGAUUCAUGCAACGGAGAUUCUGGUGGUCCCCUUGUGUGUAAUGGGGAGCUCCAAGGCAUUGUUUCAUGGGGAUAUGGCUGUGCUGAGAGAUACUACCCAGGUGUGUACACUAAGGUGUGUGUCCUGAUGUCCUGGAUCCAGAGCACUAUAGCUUCAAACUGAGUUACUCAAGAUUGCCUCUUCUGAAUCACUUCCAGCAUAUUGGCCUCUACAAGGAGGUGUGUCUCCAGAAGUCUUUUUAAAUAAAGAUCUUUCUGAACAACUUUUAA